AUGCCGAAAAUCAGUCCGGACCCAGUGCUUGCAUCAGAUGAGCUAAGCGGAGAACGAGGUAAGACAUCUGGUUCUCCGCCAGUAUUCGGCCUCGUCAUCACAAUACUCCAUCCAGCUCCGUCUCCUCUCAUCUCUUUCUACGAGACCUUUUGCUGUCAUCUUAAGGAAUUGCUCGAAGAUGCAGGAGUUCUUGAUACGCAUUAUCUGCUCUACCCACCUCAUACAUUACAUUGUACUGUCGCAACGGUGCGUCCAUUCAAAAAAGCCGCACUACAUCAUCCCGAGAGAAUUAUAUCGUUUUGGAGAAGCGCACUUGAGCGCAUGGAGCAAAAGCCCAAUUGGCCUGAGAGCGUCGAAAACAGCACGUUUGACCUCUGUGGACCUCAAGUUUUCGACAACGGCGUCGGUGUGUUUCUGUUUGAUGACAAGUCUGGCGCAAUGAAUUCAUUGCGCAGAUGCUUGGAAGAGGAGAUGGCCUGCUUUCAAGCUACACUUCCGGAAAUCUCUGAUGUCAACAUGGAAGACGUCAGGGUUCCAAAUAUCAUUCACUCAACUGUGCUGCGGUGGCGGUCAUCGCCGGCUAUUUCAACUGACCAACUACAGCGUCUGUUUAACAAGGCGUACGAGGAAGCUACAGUAACGCACACAACGAACGCCCUGAGUAUCGGCAGCGUUCGCUUGCUCAGAGAAUCGUUGCCAUUCAUGCAGAAGCUGACAUGCUGUCACGAGGCACCACUGCCCAUAGGAAAUAAGGCGCAGUCACAGGAAGGCCCUGCUGAUUAA